AUGAGUAAAGUACAGGGCAAGCAACCACAGAAUGCUCCCCUCAUCGACCUGACGAAGCCAAGGGGAAGCACUGCUUUCCAGCCCGGCAAAGGCGCCAAGAAGCUGGUGAUCAAGAAUCUAAGGACUGUGUCGAGGACGAACAGUCUCGAACAGUUCUACCAGAAGAUAUGGGAGGACUUGGAAUCUGCGCUACAGUCCAUAUUCGCAAGACAACAACCAAGACAGCCCUUUGAUACACUAUACAAAAACAUCGAGAGCCUAUGUCAAUACCUCCGCAAGACUCGAGAGGAAAAGAAACUCAGCGACUUUCUGUGGAAACGAUGCGAAGACUACCUGAACGAAGACAUGGCCAAGUCCAUCAAGGCCGGGGCUGGGGCAAGUAGCAUUGACUUGCUGAGGAGCGCACACAAACACUGGGUCAUUUGGCAACAUCAGCUGGCCACCAUUCGAUCCAUAUUCAGCUUCUUGGACAGGACUUUCUUACUAAACUCCAAAGAACUCCCCAUGAUCAACGAUAUGGGUAUCACUCUAUACAGGAGGAUGGUUUUCCUGACCUCAAAGAUGGGUUCGUCGGUUUUGGCUGGUAUUACCGAUCUGAUCGACCAUGAUCGGCGAGGAAACUCUGCCUUUGACGCCUCCUUGUUACGCGAGUCCAUCUCUAUGGUCCACAUUCUGAAUAUUUACGGCAAAUCGUUCGAGCCACGCUUAUUGGAGACAUCACGAGAGUAUUAUGAAGAAUUUGCAGAGAUCCAGAGCGCCUCGUCGUUAAAGUCUUACAUCCACGCCUGCAAGCGGCUGCUUGCGUCUGAGGAUUAUAGGUGCAACGCCUUCAACUUUGACAGUUUGUCAAAGAGACAACUCAUGGACAGCGCACAUGCAAUCCUCAUCGAAGGUUAUUCCGAGAAGCUCUUGGACAGCGGUGGUGUCAGCAGGUUGUUGGAUGAUAACGCAGUCGAGUCUAUGCAAGCGCUUUACCAGCUUUUACGGCUGUCAGCUAUGCAAAAGAAUCUCAGAGGGCCAUGGGAAGAGUACAUUAGAAAAGCCGGUGCGGUCAUUGUCAAUGACACGGGAAGAGGUGAUGAAAUGAUUGUGCGGUUAUUGGAAUUCAGGAGAGCCCUCGAUAUCAUGGUUCGCGAUGCUUUUAACCAGGAUGAGGAGUUCACUUAUGGACUCAGAGAGGCAUUCGGCAACUUUAUCAACGACAAGAAGAUCCUGUCUGCAUGGAAGACCGGAACAUCCAAGGUCGGCGAGAUGAUUGCAAAAUAUAUCGAUAUGCUUCUGCGAGGUGGGCUGAAAACUAUUCCGCAGUCACUCUUGUCAGACAACAAAGACCGUAGAGCAGCAGAGCAAAGUGGCCAAGCAAGCACCGGCGAUGAGGAUGCGGAGCUCGACCGCCAGCUUGAUCAAGCUCUAGAGCUUUUCAGAUUCAUUGAAGGCAAGGAUGUCUUCGAGGCCUUCUACAAGCAGGACUUGGCACGCAGAUUGUUGAUGAAUCGUAGUGCUAGCGCCGACGCUGAGCGCAGCAUGCUAACAAAGCUGAAGAGCGAGUGUGGUUCAAGUUUCACCCACAACCUUGAGCAGAUGUUCAAGGACAAAGAGCUUGCUCGUGACGAGUUGAGCGCCUACAAGUCGUACCGCGAAAACACGGGCAGGGACAAAGCUCCUCUGGAUCUCAACGUGGAUAUUCUGUCUGCUGCUGCUUGGCCGACUUAUCCUGAUGUGCGUCUCAAUCUGCCAGGCGAUGUUGCUACGCAGAUCGAACAGUUCGAGAAGUUCUACACAAGCAAACACACAGGACGUCGUUUGACGUGGAAGCACGCCCUUGCUCACUGUACGGUCAAAGCUAGAUUCAAUAAGGGUCCCAAAGAACUGCUCGUCAGUGCUUUCCAAGCAGUGGUUCUGGAGUUGUUCAACCAGGUCGAGGGUAGAGAUGACGAGUUUCUGACAUAUCCCCAAAUUGCCGAAGCCUCUGGUUUGACCGGCAAGGACCUGGAUCGUACUCUCCAGUCGCUAGCGUGCGGUAAGACCAGAGUGUUGUCAAAAACUCCCAAGGGCAAGGAUGUGAAGGAGACGGACACCUUCAGCGUCAACAAAGCCUUCACGGAUCCCAAGUACCGUGUCAAGAUCAACCAGAUCCAGCUCAAGGAGACGAAGGAGGAGAAUGAAGCAACACACCAGAAGGUUGCGGUUGACAGGCAGUUCGAAACCCAAGCCGCUAUUGUUCGCAUUAUGAAGAGUAGGAAGACCAUGACACAUGCCAACCUGGUGGCCGAGGUUAUCAAUCAGACCAAGAGUCGUGGUGCAGUAGAUACGGGCGAGAUCAAGAAGAACAUUGAAAAGCUCAUCGAGAAGGACUACCUUGAGCGGGAUGGAAACUCAUACGAAUACUUGGCGUGA